AUGUACCAGAAUCUCAGGGUUAUCCAGCCAGUGUUAUUACAGGCUCGGCUAAACUGCAAGUUCACUGUGAAUGCAUUGGAAGGAAAAGACUGCAAAGAAUCUGUCAAGCUCAUUGGAGAAAGCACUAAUCUCUCAGAAGAGCAGCUUGCUUUCCUCAUUUCUGGCAUGUACACCCUUCUCCGAGAAGCUUUGAGGCUCCCCUUAUCAACUUUCAAACAAGAAGUUUUUAAAGAAGACCUAAAGGAGCUCAGGAUACCAGAAGAUUUCAUCGUGGACUUUUCCAGUAUAGUCUUUGGUAACAGACGUCCUGUUUCUGAAGGCACAACUCUGACACAAGGAAGUAGGCUGCCAAGUGUCCAGGACUUUAAAUGGAGAGUGGAUGUGGCCAUAUCCACAAGUUCAUUGGCCCGUGCCCUUCAACCAUCCAUUUUAAUGCUGCUGAAGCUUUCAGAUGGGACAGCUCAUCGCUUUGAAGUGCCUGUUGCAAAGUUUCAAGAACUGAGAUACAACGUUGCCCUUAUACUGAAGGAAAUGAAUGAUUUGGAAAAAAGAAGCAUACUGAAGAUCCAGGACUGAGCACUUCCAAAUUGGGAGCUUACAGAACAGAUUUGAAACUCUCAGCGAGGUUUGUGAAUGGCAAAGCAGAGAAACAGCACCGUUUUGCCAGUCUGAAUUGCAGUGUAGCGUUUAUCAUGUCUGCUGUAAAUAUUUUUUCAAUUCAAGUGUUAAAAGCAUCAGCUCUUUUCUUAAGACUUAGGAAAAACAAGAAAUAUAUUGAUGAAAAAGUGUAAUGCUGUUUGUGAGCACUUUUGCAUGAUUCAUCAAAACAUUUUUUUAAAUAACUGUCUUAAUAGAUGUAAGAGCCAUUUCUUCCUGAUUAUGAUUCAUCACUCUAAUUAUUUUUGAAAGCCUGCUACCGGAAACCCCAUCAAUGUGUAUCGUAAGAAAGCUCUGCAACGUCUCAAAUAAAAAAAAAAACCUCUUGCACUCUAAUAUGACAAAUGUGAAAUUGAUUGAGUUUUGCAUAGGUAAAAUUGCUGUCUGGCUUCUCCGUAAGUGACUGAGGUAUAUCUACGUUUUUUUUUAAAGAGUAAUUUUGCAGGAAACUUGGAUGUAGAUUAAGAGAGAAAUAUAGAUUGAGAGCUUUCCAAACCAAUUCCAUGGAAUUGCAGAAGUGGAAAGGUGCAGUCUAAACCUUUAUCUGGUUGAUAGGAACGCGCUAAAAAGCAGUAGUCUCUUAGAUUUCUAAGUGCCUGCCUCUUGUUUCACAUAUUUCCUAUGUUUGACGUGAACUGAAUCAUCUGACUCUAUUACAGGGCAGAAACCUCUGGCGCUGAGCUGAUAGCAAACAGCAGGAGCAGUAACCUUGUAGACCACUACAGCUAUAUACUCAUUAGUAGUGCAAGUCAGAUCCCAGGAUGAAGAUGUUGCAUACGGCCACUGGGAUGGAGGUCACAGGUAUGAGAACGUCCAAGCUCCCAGGUCAAGAAAAUAGUUAAGCGUGGGCUGAAGCUCCUUUGUCCCAUGAGUAAAGCUUGGAAGCGCUUGCUUAACUUGAAGCAUAUGUUUUAAGUAUCACUUAAACUCAGUGGGACCACAAGUAUGUCCUUAAGGUCUCCGCCAAGAAAGGAUGGAUUCCUGAUUCAGUGCUUGAAUGAGUUUUCCCCCCAGCAGCAAAGAUGUGGAGUCUAGGCAACAGCACAAAGACAACACAGCACAUGAUAGGAUUUAUCUUGCUGUCAAAGCUAGUUCAGAAAGCACGUAGCACUAUUGUUUUGAAGCACUGGCUUAUUAGAGCUGGUUGCUGGGUUUCUGCCUCAGUAGUAGUACCACUGUACUUCUCUUUCAUUUCAUGUGAUUGUAGAACUCACCUUUAUCCCCCUCACUCCCUGCAGAAAACUAUUGAAAUUAUCAUGGAUUUGAGAGGCCUUUUAUACUCCCACAGGUGUUUGUGUGGGAGGGGAUGACUUGGCUCUUGGAUUUUAAGACUCACAAUAGGCAAAAAAAAGACUUCAGUGUGAUGUUGGACUUGCUUCAGACUUCAGUGUGACUUUCUGCUGGAAUGAGUCAAGGUAUCUGAAGAAUUUAGAGUACCAUUACCACUGAAAGGGCAGUAUUGCAAGGGCAAUAUUGAGAACAUACUAUCUCCUCCUUGAAAGGAAAGGCCUGAUCAGUCCAAAGCUAGUAAGGACUAAAUGUCCAGCUUCACUAGGUGGAUGAGUAGAAAGCUUAUUGUCCUUUGGAUAGAAAGCUUAUUGUCCUUUGGAUAGCCAUGAUUUAGAAGUAGGUAUAGCUGCCGUCAUAAUGUUUCUGUGUCUUUAGUCAGUUGUCACUUUCGUUACAAAGUGACUAGUAUUUUUUUGUGCCUUCUCCAUAUUGCUACAGACUUCUGAAAAUUUUAAGUGUUGCUUGUCUGGAAAAAAGUGUUUGAUGGUAAGAUGAUACAUAUUGCUGCUUCUAAGCCAUAUUAGGUUUUUACCAAGAGCACUUAGAAAGCUAGGCCUUCUUUCCCCUGUUAAAGUGUAGGAACCGGUAGUAGGGAGCAGUCUCUCUCAGGCAUCUCUGCAACAAAAGUAACGAUGCUUACUUUUUACUUUACCUGAAAAUCUUUAAGGACUCGCUGCACAGCAUGUCUGCAGGUUAACGAAUAUGUUUCUAAACGUGUUUAUCAGAUGAUAAUUUCUGUCUCAGUGGAGUAUUGACAUAGGUAAAGUAAUGGGCUGUUGAAAACACAAGUUGUGGGAAGAACCAAGCAGAAAACACCAGACUGAAGAAAUCUUACCCUUUCCUUUUAAUUACCAUUUUCUCUGGUGUUAGAUCAGUGGAUCACAGUUCAGUGUUUAGACACCUAAAUAGCUGAGGUCCAGAAAGCCUUUAAAAUGUGUAACAAUUUGUCCUGUAGUUUUAAAUCCAUCAACCAUGAUUUUGAACCAUUAAGAAGCUGGAUUUUCCAUUUGCUAUCUUUAUCAGCCACCUCUAGGUUUGACACAUACUGUAUAUUAACUACUGUAUUAAGGUCACACCAUAGCAAAUGCAAAGGAGUUAGGUCCUGUAACAUGGCUUCAGGUAGACUGUAGAUUGCAUUAAUUUGUUUUCUUUUUUACUUCACUUCAUGAAGUUUGUUUGUCGUCUUACCGGAUAAUUACAUCAUCCGAAACUGUGAAACAAAACAUACGUUCUUAUAUUCUUUGUUAUUACCUUUCCCUGCUGAAUGUUUAGAUUUACGUGGUUUUGAACUGCAAAGAUAUCUCAGCUGAGACCAUUAGUCAAGUCUUUUAAGACAAAUUUAAAAACUGCACGGGCAUAAAAUGACCUCUAAUAUUGCUCAAGCAAAGUAUUUUCUACUGGUCAAAAUAAAAGAAUCAAUAAAUACUUCUACCUUCUAUACAAAAUAUAUUCAUUCAGUGGUUCUCCUAACAGUAGUCACCCAUGUUGUCCAGAAAUAGAAAGGCUUCCCAACUGUUUUCCUCAAGUUCUCUGCAGUAGGUGACAGACUUCUUAGUCUAAAGUCUGUCUUGCCACACGUUAAACAAGAGUUUACUGUAAUUGGAAGUUACCAUGCACACUGAGGGGUACAAAAACCCUUGGCACUUUCUUUUGUACUUAAAAAAGCAGUUCAUUUGGGCUUCGUUUUUGGCAGAAUAGCUUUUCAAUAAAACAGUUUAGUUGUCAUCAAAAUGCCUACUGGGAAUUUCUUGAUUUGAUAACAUAGGUAUGUUCAAAUUAUUAUUAGCUUUCUAAGAACUUCAGGGUGAAUUAUGUAUUAUUUGUUCAACACCGAAACAUUUUCUUGCUUGCAAAUUAAAAUAUUCCAGAAUUUGUAUUCCAUUGAAUUUCUGACUUCCGUUCCAAUAUGGAACAAAAAUAACCUGAAAAUCUGGGUAUGUCUGAACAGAAUGUAUUUUAUCCAAAUUACUCUAGGUUUGGUUAUGCUUCAGGGACACGCUCUGAAUUCCUCUUUCUGUACCACAUAGUGAAAGAUGGAAUUUGAAUGGGUUGCUCACUGUGUCAGUCCCAAGGUCUUGUCAAGUCAGUCAUCAAUUAGGAAGAUAGGAGGUUUGCAGGAAAAGGGCGCCGCUUCUUUCUUACUACACGCUGUUCAUGGAUCAGUUGGUAACAAGGACCUUUCAUAGGUUCUACUUGCAGUUUUCCCUGAAAAACAAACCCCAGUGCUCCAGUUGCUUUCUGUGUUUUAACUAGCUAAUGUUUUUGUGAAUUUUUUAAUUCUAGCAACCUUCUAACCAUGUAAUGUGAACAGAACAUUCUCCAUUAUACCUUUUCUUUCAAGAUUAAUGUGUUGGAGUACAUUUAAGAUAAAACUUGAACUUGACUGGUUUUUUUCAAUGUAAAUAAUGUGCAUAUAUAAUAGCAGAGAGAUGUUCAGUGUAUGGAGGAGUAGUUACAGAGCUAGGCAGAACUUAGAAGGAGGGUUAAAGAUAAUUGCCAAAAAUCAUUCAGCAAUUCAGUGGCAAAAUAAUACAGAAGAACCCACAUCUCUUGACUGUUAUUUAUCUGACCAUGAGUUAGUACAGCUGCUACAAUGGUCAGAUCUCAGUUUUUUUUUAAUUGGCUGAACUCCAUGGGCCAUCAGUCCAAAACUAUUUUUGCCUAUCGACCAUUACAGAGUGUGCAGAGUGCAUGAAAAUAAAAAGCCAUCUGUGGUUUUAUUUGUUAUGUGACUUCUACAUCCCUGCUUCCAGUGCAGAAGGAGCUUUGUCAUGAUGACUAGUAGGUCAGAAUUUCACACUUCGGUUAGUUGUACAAAAGGCAGGGGGGAAUAGAAUUGUUGAUUGGUUUUGUGGUCUCAACUAUGAUGCAGACUAUAAAUCUAGAAGAAGGUUCAAGAAUGUAGUCAUGCUCUCAUACUGUCUGUUAACGCCAGUCAUUAACUGCUGGAAGAAGAUCGGUAUUGUGCUCGUUGUCAUUAAAAGGAAGAAAUUAAACCUCCUUUUGUAGAAAAAUCAUACAAGGGAGAUAGGCUUUUGCAGAGUGAGUCACCUCCUAGCUUUAACUUUUUCUGUUUAAGGGAAGGAUAAAUCAGUUCUUGAUCUCAUGAACAGUGCAGAUAGGCAGGGGUUUGCCCCUUUUUUUUUGCUUUCUAAUCAAGAACAUCGUAUGACCCGCUGCUGCUCCAAAUCCAUGAAUAUAUGUAUGAAGGUAGGAAAGCUCCAAAUCGUGCUUUCAGGAUCUGUUAUACAAAAAAUCCAACAAAUCUGAAUUGAGUACAUAUAUUCUUACACAGCUGUUUUUGCUAAUGUAAUCUUUGCAGAGCUUGGCCAGAUGUCAGGACCAAGUUUUUUGUGGUUGUUUGACUUCUGGUGAGCAGCGAAGCAGUAGCUUAGGUUUAAAAUACUUUGAAGUUAGUGACUAUAAGGCUCACUCUGUACCUGUUGUACCCCACGCACUACUAACAUUUACUAAACACCGCACAUACCAGGAACCAGCAGAGGCACUGCCAGCUGGUUUCUUUCCUAAGAAGUCACAGCGUUUUCCCAUAGGCCAUCCACGAUAAGGAUUUUACUGCUUUCUAGCUUGGGAUAAAAGUUUGUGCUAACUCCUUGUAAGCGUACAGCUCCCACCACUACAGUUCACAUGCAGAGCUGAAACCCUUCAAAAGAAAAGGGCAGCUGUGCUGCUGGUGGUGUACAAGAACUCCCAGAGGUACCUUUCACAGUGCUUUUUUUUUUUUGAGACUCAUUCUAGUCCCAAGUGAUCAGACUGUUAGCUAGCCCUGUGGACGCUUUCACAUGUUGUAAAUAGAUCUCGUGGAAGUUCCUUUCAGAGCUCAAACCUUGAUUAAAUUUUCGGUGAUAACCUAUUUCCAUUCCCUAUCUUGAAUUCAUGUAGUGCUAAUAGCCCCCCUUUUAUACUACGACUUUUACCUCUUUAAGUGUGUGCUAUGUAACUGUGUAAAUACCGUUGGCAUAUCUCUGAUAGAGAGAUUGUCAUUGCAUUGCUACUGGUAACCAGUGGUUAUGUCACUUUCCCUCGCUUGAAUAGGCUUUGACUCAUAGUGGUUUUCAGGACAAUGGUUAUAAAAUAGCACACAGAAGGGUUGCUGAGACUAUAGUUUUGCAAUAGAGACAACUGUCAACCUCAGGGCUACAAGAAAAUAUUUUCCUUUUUUUCUUUCCUUUUAAGAUUUUUUUUCCUAUAUAUAACAUGUGGUGUUUUUUGCCUGGAGGUUGGAAAACAAGAUGUCUGUACCCUGUUAGCAAGUUUGGAUUUGGUGGGAAGGAAAGUUUAGUUGUUGGUUGUUUUUUUUAAGCAUAACAUAUACUUUUGAGAACACGUGCUGAUUUGUUUUCUACUGUUCUGAACCAUUGCUUAAUUGAACCUGAAAGAAGUUCUUCAGCUGUCCUACCUUUUCUUUGAACUAUUGGAUAGCAGGCUGUGCUGUACUUUGGAUGACUGUCUGUCUAAACUGGUUUCAGUAAUUCUCUCUGCUGUCAGUUAUUAUUCAAUUAACCUUUUACUUUUUUUAAUUAAAGAACUUGCCUGGGUUUAAUGGUUA